GCAUUUUCCCGACUGUUCUUGUUGAUCUACAGCUUGUGCUUGUUUUUUGUGCGACGGACUGGGUAGCUUCUAUUUCGAAAUUUGCGAGUUGAUAACAGAAGUACCAUGCUGCAUUCAUAGGCAAGAUGAGCCGGUUACAAUUUAUGAUCCAUGAUCGUUGGGAAAAUGUCCUUUUUGUACACUACAAGGUGGCCACGUCUAGCCUUGAAUACCGCAUAUUGCAAGAGUUGAGCCCGUUUAUGCUAGAUGUCGUAGAGGCAUCAGAUGCAGAUGGAGAGGCAUCCAGAAAUACAGGAAGCUCCUGCAGCUCGUUCGUAUGGUUAGGUCUUGUUUUCCUAACAGAGCGCAACGUCGGACCAGGUUUUGCCCGCGAUGCGUGUGGGUGGCUGCGCGAUUCUCUCGGAUUGCCCACGCUGAUCACGCAUCAUGGCAUCAAUGUUCGGACUUACGUCGAGGGGGAUGGUAUUUUCUUCUACUCCCUUGAAUGUGAUUCUCGCCUGGCAACGUCUGGCGCCAACGUCUUCGGCAUACCCUACCGCUUUGCAAAGAUAGCAAGGGAAUUCGCCUUCCAUGCCUCGUCGGCUAAGGGAAAUGGUACAAAUAAACCCGUCGACGCGGAUCCGGAUGAAGAAGGGCAGGAUCAACAGGAGGCGCCAAAGCAGGGUGAUGCUGAUGAUAUGAAAAUCAUGAAGACGAUCGAGCCAGUGCCUAAACUGUGCUCAAUGUCAAGUUGGCGGGGUGUUUCGCUGUUGUCGCGUGAUGUUACACAUUUGACCUCGCACGCUCCUUCGUCACAAGGGAUUUCGGAAACGGUACGCAUGGUUAAAGAUCGCAGCGAGACUUCGAGGACUAGUGCACCUCCUGCUUUUGGUUUUGAUUGCGUUUGGCAAGUACUUGAUAACGCUGAGAAAAGCUUGGAAAAAACUCAAUUUCAUGCCGUUGUAAAUGAACAUGCUUCGUCGAAGAUAAAGCCUCCCGAGAGAAGUGUGAAAGGUUCAGAACUAGUUGCAGAUGGAGCCGAUGAAAGUGGACAACAAAGUUGCUGGGAAUCGAAUGCGACUUUUUUGACUGAACGAUAUAAAGUCUAUUCUGUUGGAGCUCCUGUCGUCGGUCCACAACUCGUUGGCUCUGUUCACCACGACCCAUGGCCAAAAAAGCGCGCAAAGGUUGAACACAUCAGACUUUGGAGGUCAACAUCAACACAUUAAGAAUAGGAUUAGAUUUUCUGAUAUUUACACAGCAAGACCAGAAAGCUCUUUAGUCACCGUGGAUUAUUCCUAACUAUAGCCUGCUGUUUCUGUAUAUUUAUUGCUGCCCGGAAAAGUCGGCUGGCGUGAAUAUUUCUUUUUGUCCUUCAUCUGCAUUACUAUCUUAUGUACAGGUUUAAAUGCUCUUAGAACCAUUAGGAACCACAAGUUGAGAAAGCUAGCAAAAAAUGCGGCUCAUCUAAGUACCCAGCUAAGAAAGUGAGCAAAAGUAAUCCUAACAGCAACACAUGGUAACAACGCUGGAUAUGAAAAAUACACGUAUACCAUAGUUUAGGUCCCAUUAUAAUCCUACUACCGCUAAGAAAACGAUCCUUGCGUCCGCGAGAAUGCGGGAGACGAGAAGCCACAACAGAGUGUGCAAGGAAGUGUUACGCCUCCACGAAGCGGUCCACCUGCCUUCGGUGAAACUAACAUGAAGACAGUCGAAGACGUUCUGGAUUCCUUGGUGAAUAAGAGACGGCCGGAUCAUGUAUGUUUUUCCUCUGGAGUUGGUCCCGUUUGCUUCGAUCCUUUACAACCUUGGACCAGGCGUUGAAUAGCGUCGUUAAGAUACGUUUACGUAGUUAUGCGGUGGAGCAUAUUAAGUAACUUUAACACAGGAGCUGAACAUGGCAGUAAGAGAAAUGGUGGCACUUCGACUUGUAAAAAUUGUCUUAUCGAAUUCUCUACGACUUUUUUGGUGAAGGAGUCUGAACUUCCGCAUCGACAAUCAGCGUCCCCAGUAAGAAUGAUUUUGCUCAUCGUUCGUCUUUUAUUUUUAACACUUACUCAUCCACUUCUACGUGCACUUCCUUCUUGUUUCGCCAUGUUGAAAUAAUCACGCGAACAAUCAAAAUGCGAGUCUAAGAUUCUGAAACGUGGAAAGGAAUGCGAUUGUAGCUCAUACAUAGAGAAGUAGGAUCUACAACAUGCAUCGAGCGCAUAACCGGAGAUUGCUAUUCUUGAAGAAAUGAAUAUGCAAGGCCUGGUCUAUCAUGAUAAGGGGUUGCACAAAAAACAACAAGUUGUGAUAGGCAUAGUUGAUGGAGAUGCUCUUUCACUUGUGCAGCUGCGAAUAAGGGACACACUCACAUCUACAUGGAAGAAACAACAGUCGAUUCUUUUCGAAAUGUUGUGGGUGUGCACAACAGGUCCAAACACUUACUUUUUUUGCAGAUGUGAAAUUAU